AUGGCCACCAGAUCCGAGAUCCAAACCUACCCCCCCCUGGCCGAGCGCCCAAUCAAGAACACCAUCGUCCUCUUUGACGUCGACGGGACCUUGACGCCCGCCCGUCUUGACGCCUCCCCCGAAAUCCUCCUCCUCCUCUCCCAACUCCGCCAAAAAGUCGCCAUCGGCUUCGUCGGCGGCUCCGACCUCCCCAAGCAGCAAGAACAGCUCGGCGACCCCCUCCGCGUGCCCGUAACCUCCCUCUUCGACUUUUGCUUCUCCGAAAACGGCCUCACCGCCUUCAAGCUCGGCCAGCCCCUCCCCUCCAACUCCUUCAUCAAGUACAUCGGCGAAGACAACUACAAAGACCUCGUCAAGUUUGUCCUGCACUACAUCGCCGACCUCGACAUCCCCAUCAAGAGGGGGACGUUCGUCGAGUUCAGGAACGGGAUGGUCAACAUCUCCCCCAUCGGGCGCAACGCGAGCAAUGAGGAGAGGCAGGAGUUUGAGAGGUUCGACAAGGAGAGGGGUGUGAGGAGGGAGAUGGUGGAGAGGUUGAGGGAGAGGUUUGGGCAUUUGGGGUUGACGUUCUCCAUCGGCGGUCAAAUCUCCUUUGACGUCUUCCCCACCGGUUGGGACAAGACCUACUGCCUCAAGCACCUCGAGGAGGACGCCAAGAAGGAGGGCGGGAUCGAGUAUACCACCAUUCACUUCUUUGGCGACAAGACCAUGGUUGGCGGGAACGAUUACGAGAUUUAUGAGGAUCCCAGGACGACUGGGCACUCGGUCAAGGGGCCCGAGGAUACGAUUAGGGAGUUGAAGGAGAUGUUCGACCUUUGA